UGAGCUACAGAGUAGCCGGCCGGUGGCCUCGCUCCGAUCUACCGGCCAACUAGUAAGAGAUGAAUUUCUCGAGCCUAUUGCGCUGGUGGGAGGAGUGGCAGCUGCGCAUCCUCGUCCUGGGCAGCCUCUUGCUGCAAUUCCUGCUGAUUGUCGCCAGCAGGGUGCGCAGCGGGCGCCCAACGUUCCCGUUCAGAUCGUGCGUGUGGCUGGCGUACCUCGCCUCCGACGCGCUGGCGAUCUACGCCCUCGCCACCCUCUUCAACCGGCACAAUAAGCUGCCCAACAAGGGCGGCGACGGCACCAGCAACAGCAACGGCAACCUGGAGAUCCUGUGGGCGCCCAUCCUCCUCAUCCACCUCGGUGGGCAGCACCCGAUGACCGCGUACAGCAUCGAGGACAACGAGCUGUGGAGGCGGCACAUCGUGACCCUGGUGUCCCAGGUCACGGUGGCCAUCUACGUGUUUUGCAAGUCAUCGUGGCCCAGAGGCGACGGCAUGCUGCUGCAAGCGGCCAUACUCCUCUUCAUCGUCGGGAUUCUAAGAUUCUGCCAGAAGCCAGUGGCUCUCAAGCGUGCGAGCAUUGCAAGCCUGACGACCUCUUGGGCGGUGUGCCCUCCAAGGCAAGCACACGGCGGCGGCACGAAACUCGGCAAGGUCUCGGAAUGGUUCUUCACCGACUUGGCAACGCUUUCAUCGUUACGGGAUAGAGGAGAAAUACGAAAGCACCAAGAGGAUGGCCUUUCUCUCCAAGACUACGUAGAGGAAGCAAAGAAGCUAGUGUCACCCAUGAAGAAAGAAGGAGAAGGAGAAGGAGAAGAAGAUGCUGACAAGCGGUAUGAGCCAAACUUCAUGAGCAUUAGCUCGCUCUUUGUGGACCAAUCGGCUCCCUAUGCUCGACGACUUGGCAUCCUGCGGUAUUUCCUCAAAGUCCAUCGCAGGGGCCGUGCGUAUCAUGAUUUGAUGAUCGACAUCAAUUUAGCAUUCAAGCUAUUCUACACCAACCUCAAAGGGACGCUGAGUUUCCCUGGUUUGCUUCUCAAGCUACUGCUCACAUUCCUGACCAUACCUCCCAUCGUGCUCUUCGCCAAGACCCAUAAACAACAAGGGUUCCCCAAGAGUGACGUCGUGGUGACGUAUAUCCUGCUGUGCAGCACAAGCCUGCUGGAGUUUCUGUGGCUCUUCUCUUUCCAACAAGUUGGAGUCAGCGGAUGGAGCAACAAGGUUGCCCAGCAUAACAUCAUAUCCUUCUGCGCUCAUGAAAGCAGCAGCAAGCUUAUGAAGCUGGCCUCACAAUUCAAUGAUGAGCUUGAGGCUUACAUUAGCAAGCACCGGUACACCUGGCAAGAAUCUGAGUCCAAAUGCAUUGAGAUCACAAACUUGGUUAUCGAUCAUGUUAGAGAUGGGUGGAUGCAGUACAUCCAUGACGGUGCAAGCUACAAGAGGUUUAACAGUCUCAGGGGCCAGUGGACCAUGACCAGGCACGAGAGGAGCCGACGCCACCUGCAGCUGCAGCUACGGUGGAUCUUACACCUGCCAUUCGACAAGAGUGUCCUCGUCUGGCACCUAGCUACCGAACUCUGCCUUCACCACCCCAGAUCAUCCCAAGGGGUCGCCCAAGCCAAAUACCCCACCCGACUCAGCAUCAUGAUAUCCAACUACAUGAUCUACCUGCUUUUUGUUUGUCCGGAGAUGCUCGCGCCGGGCACCAGGCAGGGUCUUUUCUUGACCACCUGCGAUGACAUCGACCUCAUGCUCAAGCAGGCCGCCGACAAUAAUCCUCCGUCGUGGGAUCAAGGAAGCAUUGCGAGAUGGAUUCUUCGCGUCGCAAAGUUCCCUUGGGCUAAUGCUGAUAGUAGGGAGACACUGGUUCUAAGAGCAUGCAAGCUUGCUGAACAUCUGAUGGAGGUGCUACCCGACGAGGAUGAGCGGUGGCAGGUGAUCCAAGGUGUGUGGGUGGAGAUGUUAUGCUUUUCUGCAAGCAGAUGCAGGGGGUACCUGCACGCCAAGAGUAUGGGUGAUGGAGUGGAGUUCCUGACCUAUGUGUGGCUCCUCUUGUCGGAUAUGGGGAUGGAGACCUUUGCUGACAAGUUCCAGAUGCCCGACCUCGAGCUUGUCCAAGAACAACGACAAGAAGAAGAAGACGACCUCCAGGUUGUCCAAAAACAAAAAGACGACGAAGAAGCAGCAGCAGCUACUUCCCAGCCACGAGUUGCGGUGGCACCUGAUGAGGAGAUCGUGUAACAACAUCUAAGAAGAAAGUUUUUUUAAAAAACAUCUCGGAAGAAAACACGUAACCCCCUCCCCCACUUUUUUUUUUCCAUCCCAACUUUCAUUUAUGGUCAUUUGUUUCUUUUAUGCUUUGGUGUGCAUGCUUUGCUUUUGGCUUCACUGUGACAUUCAGGUGUGUGCUCAAGUUCCUGUUGUGCAGUACAUCUGGUUGUUCAAGCUUGUCUCUGACUAUUUAUGAUGAAUAAUGUAUAAGGAUUUGA